AUGUUUUGUGCUAUUUCUGGAGAGGCACCUAAACACCCUGUCGUCUCGGUGAAGUCUGGAAGCAUAUUUGAAAAGAGUUUGAUUGAGAAAUACAUUGCUGAAAAUGGCAGAGAUCCCACCAACAAUGAAGAAAUGACUGCAGAUGAUUUAAUCGAAAUCAAGUCAACUCCCGAGACCGUAAAGCCUCGUCCCCCUAAGUUGUCUUCUGUUCCUUCUAUCUUGUCUUCGCUUCAAGAUGAAUGGGAUAGUGUCAUGCUCGAAUCCUUCACUCUGAAACAACAAUAUCAACAAGUGCGUCAAGAACUAUCCCAUGCUUUGUAUCAAAAUGAUGCUGCCACCAGAGUCAUUGCUCGUUUGAAGAAGGAGCGUGAUUCUGCCAGAGAAGCACUCGCCAAUGUCACAGCUCAUUUGGGUGCCAGUGCUCCUGCUGCUGCUCCUGCUGCUCCUGCUGCUGAGGAAUCAAUGGAUGUUGAUGCUGGUGCAUUCCCUGAAGAAGUCGUUGAGAAGAUGGAUAAGACUAGCGCCGAGCUUUCUGCUAAUCGUCGUAACAAGAAGAAGCCUCCAGUAGAAUUCGCAUCAAUUGAUUCAGUCAAAGGCUAUACAAAUAUUUCUACUAUUCCCUCGCUUCAUUCAGCUCGUUCAGCCGGUAUCACAGCAAUGGACGUCAAUGGCGAUUUCAUUUUGACAGGUGGUAACGACAAACAUGUUCAAGUAUACAACAAAGCAGAAGACAAGGUGGUUGCCAACCUUGCUGGCCACACAAAGAAAGUUACCGCUGUCAAAUAUAGAGGCCAUGCCACACCUGAUGAUAUCUGUUUGAGUGCCAGUGCUGAUAAGCAUGUUCGUGUUUGGGUUGCUGAUGAAAAGAAGGGUUACAAGCUGGGUCACAACAUCAAUGCUCACAAGAGUGAUGCCACAGACAUUGAUGUGCAUCCCAGCAAAGAUUACUUUGUCAGUGCAGGUUUGGAUAGCAAAUGGUCAUUCUACGAUUUCGAGACUGCAAAGCCAAUUGUGGAGACAUACAACACUGAAGGUGAAAAUGGCUAUACUACAAUUGCAUUCCAUCCUGAUGGUAUGAUCCUUGGUGCUGGUACUACAGACUCUGUGGUUCAAAUCUGGGAUGUCAAAUCUCAAAAGAUUGCUGCCAACUUCGGCGAUCAUGCUGGAAAGAUCAAUGCUCUCGCUUUUUCAGAAAAUGGUUAUAUUUUGGCUACUGCCUCAGAGGAUAAUCUCGUCAAGAUCUGGGAUCUUCGUAAGUUGAGCAACACAAAGACAUUCACUCUGGACGAAGGUUAUAAGGUCGAAUCUCUUGCUUUUGAUGAUUACGGGCAAUACCUUGCUAUUGGUGGUAAUGAUGUUCGUGUCUUAAGAGCCAAGGAUGGUUCUUCUAUUGCUACUUUCAGCGAUAACACUGCUGCUAUCACUGGCUUACAUUGGAAUCCUCUCGCACAAGGUUUAAUCACCUCUAGUUUAGAUCGCAAUGUUCGCUCUUACGGUGCUGCUGCUUAA